CCUUUUUUUCACGUAGACACUUGUCACCACGGAUGAGCUCCUUGCUAUCACCAAGACCACCCGUAUUGCAUCCAUCACAGGGGACUUGGUUACCGCUGAAAAGGUCCUCACUCAAGAUAUUACUGCCGAUGCCAAGAACUUCGCCUCCUAUGCCAACCGCUCUUUUGUUAUGGCACGCAAACAUAACUGGGAAAAUGCGUUCAAGGAUGCAAACAAGUCCCUUGCCAUACGGACAUCAUUGGCUGGCUAUAUUGCCAAAGGUAUCGCCCUCUGCGGAAAACAGCUUCUCGAGGACGCGAGGACAGCCUUUGACCUGGGGUUCACGUUCACUCAGGGAAACGUGGAUGCUACUGUGUUCCUUUACUUAAUCAAGGCUAUUGCGCUCUUCAAUGCUAACAGACACGAAGAGGCAAUGGUUCGUGUGGAUCAGCUGUCUACUGACCCUUCUGCCGAUCCCUUCGUUUGUGGUGUCGUGGUGGCGAGUCUGCGACUCCAACUAGGAACCAGUGCCUUCAAUAGCGCGCGUCAUAGUGAAGCUGUCGAGCACUUCACUGCCGCUGUCAAGGCUAGCACUUUCUUGGCUAAAUCCGCCGCUCCUGCUGCUUGCGAGGCUUUCACUGUGCUCUUCGGAUGGGACAUCGAGGCCCUGUGGGAAGCCUCCAACAAGAAACUGAUUCUUGCGCUCCUUAGGGCUGGCAGGCUUGGAGAAGCCUUCCAAUCGUAUCGUUUUGCGAUGAAUGCAAGCGAUGAGGCUACGAAGACCGGCUUGCAUUCUUGGAUCUUGAGUAAGUCUUUCCGGUAAUACUACUCAUGCUACGGUGUUCAUCCUUUUUUCACUUAGCUCUCUCAUUGGGAUGAAUGCCGCAGUGUUCCUUCCCCCAGACUGUUACAUAUGU